AAAAAAAUAUACAAGUGACGUCAUAUUCAAGGGGACUAUCCGGACAAUGGAUAUACUUAUGCGGGCUGCCAAACAGGCUGGAUUCUACUCUUCGGAAACUCCCGCCUUCGCUCGCCGGCCGUCAACACGAAACCCAGCAGCACCGGAUUCCGGUGAUAUCCGCCGUUAUACGAAGAUUAUCGCCCGAAAUGGAAAACGUCGAGCCAUUUCCGAGAGGGAUCUUUGAAAUACCAGGAGAGCCAGCCAUUAUUAUCAAUGGGGUCCCUGAUGAACCCAAGACAGAUGGUGCCAUUGUCAUGAACGAUGCAGAUUCGCAUGGAAGUGUCGGCUGCGGAGAAUGGUUGGAGGGAAGAGAAGUCCGGAAACUGUUCUUGGGCCGGAAUUAUUCCGGCAAGGUUCUGAAUUUUGACCAAAAAACCGGGUGGUAUAGGGUAGAAUACGAAGAUGGGGAUUCUGAAGAUCUUGAAUGGCAUGAGCUGGAAGAGAUUCUUCUGCCUUUGGAUGUUACCAUCCCCCUAAAGUCAUUAGCUUUGGGCAUUGUCGGAAGCAGACAACAACCGACAAAAGAUUAUGGACGGACACAAGCACAAACACGCAAGACAAAGAGCAAGAUUUCCCGAGCAAACAGACUGGCGAUUGAGGCAGGAGGACAGGAUGUGGUUAAUGCACAGAGUGAAGUCGGUGAAUCACGAGACGAAACGAUACCGGCGAAUCGCCUCGCCAUGGCCGGACUCCGUCGUCGUAUUCUUCUUCUUCCUCUCUUCACCGUCAUUUUCGUAAUCGCUGUCAAAGAAUCUGAAGCUUACUCCAAUUCAUUGCCUCGACCGAAGCCAGAGAAGUUCACACAUAUCGACACCGUCUCCGGCGAGAAAACCACCGCCGUCAGAGUGGCCGAGGCCGCCGGCACGAACUCCUCCGCCACCUUGUUCGGGGUGGUGAUGAUGGCCGACAACCCUUUGACUGAGGGACCCGACAUCAGCUCCAAGAUAUUGGGAAGAGCACAAGGGAUCGCUUCUUCGGACAUGGACAGCAUCGGUCUGCUCAUGGCCUUUAACUUGGUUUUCACGGAAGGGAAUCUCAACGGCAGCGCCGUCAGCUUGUUCGGUCGGAAUGCGAUAAUGUCGAAGGUGAGAGAGAUGCCGGUUAUAGGCGGUACCGGAAUUUUCCGGUUCGCUACCGGUUAUGCUCAGGCCAAGACCUACUCGGUCGCUGGCUUAAACGCCGUGGUCGAGUAUAAUGUUUACGUUUGGCAUUGACUUCAAAGAAGAAAA